CAUGAUCAAAACAAGCCAACAUGGCGUCGGACAUGAGCAGUAUUUGCCGAUACGGGCGCCACUUUCAAUCCUUUUCCAUCCGUAUUAAAAAAUAGAGACAACGUUUAGUUUGCGGUGAUGUUGAGUAUCUGCAGCCACAGUGUGGUAGUUUGCUGCAGUGAGUUUUGGCGGCUGUACAGUGAGCUCUGAAUGAACCCUGACAGUCAUGGAGGAUGUGGAAAACAAUAGACAAACAUUUUUACGAGUUCGAGCAAACAGGCAAACAAGAUUGAAUGACUCUCCCUUUGCAGCCCGUAUAGGGAAGAUGAAGAGGAGGAAGCCUGAGGAGGGGGGCCAGGUAUGUCCGCUGUGCAGCGCCCCAUUGGCUGGGAGCGAGGAGGAGAUGAGUAGACAUGUGGAACAAUGCCUGAUCCAGCGUGAGGGUGCGUUAGGCGAUGAUGACUCUGCAGACAUGGAUGGAGAAAAUGGACGGGGCUUUGAGGAGUACGAGUGGGCGGGGCAGAAGAGGAUCAGAGCUACAGCUUUGCUGGAGGGAGGCUUCAGAGGAACAGGUUUUGCCACGUGUAGCAUCAAGGAGAGCGCGGCAGACAGCGAUGCCGACCUAGACGUGGACGGAGACGACACCUUGGAAUACGGCAAGGCCCAGUACACCGAGGCCGAUAUCAUCCCCUGCUCUGGAGCCGGAGAGGACCAAGGAGAAGCCAGGGAGAGGGAGGCGCUACGGGGAGCCGUGCUCAACGGUGGGAUGCCUUCUAACAGAAUAACGCCUGAAUUCUCCAAAUGGGCCAGUGACGAGAUGCCUUCAACGAGCAACGGAGAAAGCAGCAAGACAGACCCCAGCACCCCUUCAUCCUCCUCCUCUUCCUCCUGCGCCCCGCGCACCUGUAAAAACAGUGAGAUCGAAAAGGUAACAGAGGAGGAGUCUACGGCUACUACCAUGGAGGCUCUGAAGGCUCGAAUCAGAGAGCUGGAGAGGCAGAUACUGAGAGGAGACCGAUACAAGUGUCUCAUCUGCAUGAGGAAGCCUGCUAUCCAGUCAGGUGCGGAGAUCAAGAGCCUAGGGGUGUGGCCAGGGCCCCGGCCGCUGGCCAAUGAGGUCGGAGAGAGGCAGCCUAAGUCCCUCCCCCUCGGCCUGUACUGCCUGUACAGGGGCCUUGUGAUUGGUGGCUACGGCAGCGGCAUAAAGAGGCUCCUCCCACAGCCCUUACGGAGGGACUCCUACACGAUGCCACUCACUUCCAUCCAGUGCUGGCACGUGCAUUGUGAAGAAUGCUGGCUCAGGACUCUGGGGAACAAGAAGCUGUGCCCGCAGUGCAACACCAUCACCUCACCCGGAGACCUGAGACGUGUCUACUUGUAAAGAGCACACCCCCCCCCCCCCCCCCCCGCCCCCCCCCCCCCCCC